AUGUAUCUCCCAUUCCUCACCCUCCUAGUAACCCCAGGACUAGUCGCAGCAGCCAUCCAACCUCAAGCCUACGCCUCCUCAGCAGAUGGCAGAUACAAACUCUCCUCCUACAGCGCUCCGGUCCGGGGCACCGGCACCCCAGGCACCAACUCAACAUGGAAGCUCACCAUAGACGACACCCCCUCCGGCCGCAAACAAACCAUCAAAGGCUUCGGUGCCGCCGUCACCGACUCCACCGUGUCCGUCUUCGAUGCCCUUCCCUCCUCUCGGCGCACCGCGCUUCUCAACACCCUCAUGACCUCUGCGGGAGCCAACUUCACCAUGAUGCGCCACACCAUCGCCUCUUCCGACCUGUCCGCCAACCCAUCCUACUCGUACGACGAUUCCACCACCAACGGCGUCAACGACCUUUCUCUCCAAAACUUCAACCUCGGCGACCGCGGCUCCGCCAUGGCCUCUCUCCUCGCCGAGAUGCGCCGUCUCCAGCCAUCGCUAACCCUCAUCGGCUCCCCCUGGAGUCCACCAGGCUGGAUGAAGCUCAACCGCGUAAUCCAGGGGACCACAGUCAACAACAACCUCGAUCACGCCUACGCCUCCCAGUUCGCGCAGUACUUUGUCAAAUACCUGCAAGCGUACCAAGCCCGCGGAGCCAAGAUCGACGCCAUCACCAUCCAAAACGAGCCGUUGAACUCCCGCGCGCAAAUGCCGACCAUGUACAUCUACGCCGACGAGGCCGGCGAUCUGAUCCAGAAUAACAUCGGUCCUGCCUUGCGCAACGCGGGUUUAGAUACCAAGAUCUGGGCUUAUGAUCAUAACACCGACCAGCCGUCGUACCCUGCCACUGUCUUCUUGAGAGCGGGCGGGUACGUGCCGGCUGUGGCGUGGCAUUGCUACGCCAAUCCUCUGGAUUGGUCCGUUCUGACGACUUUUCAUAACGCUCAUCCGAAAGUGGAGCAGUACAUGACCGAGUGCUGGACUUCGGCAAGACAGCCGACGCCGUGGCAUUGGGUCGCGAGCUUCACCAUGGGACCGCUGCAGAACUGGGCGAGCGGAGUGACGGCGUGGGUGCUGGGGACGGAUACGAAUGAUGGGCCGCACUUGACGGGCAGUAAUGCGUGUGAUAAGUGCACGGGGCUGGUGACGGUCGAUACAGCGGCCGGGACGUAUAAUUUGAGGGGAGAUUAUUACAUGAUGACGCAGUUUUCGAAGUUUAUGAGGAAGGACGCGGCGGUGAUGGGUGGCACGGGUAGUUGGACGUAUGGUGAUGGGAGCGGGCUGGAGAGCGUGGCGGCUACGAACUCGGAUGAUGGGAGUAGGGCGGUGGUGAUUGAGAAUAAGUUUGGGAAUGGGGUUUAUGUGACGGUUGAGGCGAAGAGUGGGGAGCUUUGGAGCGGGCUGGUGUACAGAAACUCGGUGGUGACUUGGGUUCUGCCGGCUGUUGAGGCUUGA